GACAUAAAACAUCGUAUGCAUGUUGGUUGUAUGCGUAUUUUUCUCUAAAGUUAUUCUAAAAGUCAAAAACUAGACUAUCUAAUGGUAGUGAUGACAUGUACGAUUGGCGCGACUAUCGUUUAUUCAAUCACGCCACUAAACACACCAUAGUCAAAACAUUAAAAAGUCUGAAUGUGAUUACACACAUAGUACACGAUAUUCCGCACUAUGAACAUCAAAUCGGGGAAACAGUCAAAAAUUGAAUUUAUUGAAACAAAGUUCGCUCAUACAAGUGCACAUAGUUCGCCCAAUAAUUAAAUAAACAUUAAAAAAUUGCGUGAAUUGACGAAUGUCAAAUUGAAACAGUAGCAGUAGAUUCACCUCAUUGCGGUCUACUUUUAACGCGCUGAUUUAACGUGUAUCAUCAUUUUGGUGCUCACACAUCUUGGGCAUUUGUGGUUUAAACCGUUCGUUUUGAAUAAGUUUAAGUGUUUUUUUUUUCGUUGUCGGUAUUGAAAUGCUAAGCUUAAUUUCAAGAUCAGCAAUUACGGUGACUUCCCAAAUUAGCAUCGACGAUAAAUAAAUUGGCAGAGGGGGCCAUUUAAAUUUAACACAUUGGAUGAAUGAGAACUGACAAUCGUGUUACACAUCACAAUCAAAUCCCGAGUGCAUUCAAUUGGAAUAAUAUUUUUUUAAAAAAUCACUCGAAAUAAUUACUACAUCUGUUAUCGACAAUAUAUAGCGAAUAGCUAAUCAAACAAAAGUUAUUGUGUAUAUGAGAAGAGAAGAGAAAAGAUAACUCAAAGUGAAACUAAUGCAGUGCUUGGAUCAGAAUCAUAACGCGAAAACGGUUUAAUUUCGUUUCUUUCUGCCUCUCUCUCCCUCUUUCGCUUGUUUCAUUUUCAUUUUACUCGAUAUAUUAUGUAAAUACCAAUAACACGUUGUAACAGAAUUAAAAAACGAAAAGAAAACCGAGCAGAGUUCAACGAUAACUUAAAGUAAAAUCUGUUUGAAGUGUCAAUCAGCACGCGCGCGCGUAAUUGUCGGGCGAUUUUUUUUUCUUUUGUUCCCCUUGCUUACUUCUUGUACAUAAACAAAAAUAAAUAUAAUAUACCACAACAAAAAACAAAAUUGUAGAACACUCAAAGUAAAAUUAGUAAAUAUGGUGAAUUUAAAGAGUAUAUUUUCAUACAAAAAUAAACUAUUAGUGCCUGCUCAGCUAAAACGGCUGACCGAACACAAAUACUCAAUGACAAGUUGUAGUCUAUUAGAUCCCAUAUUGAAUCCAUGGUGGUGUUGGCUUGUAUCUAAAACACCCAUGUGGCUGGCACCGAAUUUGAUCACAUUAGUUGGGUUGAUCGUCAAUAUUAUUACGGCAUUAAUACUAGUUUAUUACAGUCCGAAUGGUCGGACCGAACCACCUAGAUGGGCCUGCGCCCUUUGUGCGUUAGGAUUAUUCAUUUACCAAAGUUUAGAUGCGAUCGAUGGAAAACAAGCAAGACGCACAAAUUCAUCGAGUCCGUUGGGUGAACUAUUCGAUCAUGGUUGUGAUUCGAUAUCUACCAUAUUUGUUGCGCUAUCAGCAUGCUUAUCAGCCCAGCUUGGUUUUUAUCCAAAAUGGAUGUUUUUCCAGUGUUUCAGUGCAAUGACCUUGUUCUACUGUGCGCAUUGGCAAUCGUAUGUGUCAGGUACACUUCGGCUAGGCAAAGUUGAUGUUACGGAAGCGCAAUGCAUGAUCAUGCUGAUUCAUAUGAUAUCAGCAGUUUUUGGACCCGAAAUUUGGAUAGCCAAGAUACCACUCGUGGAAAGUUGGAAUAUGAUUUUAUGUGUGUCGUUCCUUAUUGGAUUUUCGAAAAGUCUCGUCUCAUUCAGUCACAUUUUUAUUACUGGUGGCAGUGGCAAAAACGGCUCAACAGUUGCUGGAACCAGUGUGAUUUCACCAGUGAUACCACUGUUGACAGUUGUUUUAAGUGCUUUCAUCAUUUCGCAAAAGUCAGUUGACAGAGUUUUUGAAACUUAUCCAUCGUUGUACAUAAUAACUUUCGGAAUGGUAGCUGCCAAAGUGACAAAUAAGCUUGUGAUCGCGCACAUGACCAAAAGUGAGAUGGGCUACAUGGACUAUGGCCACAUCGGCCCAUUAUUAUUAUUCUUGAAUCAAUACUUCAACAAUUUCUUGCCAGAAAUUUGGGUGCUGUACCUUGCAUUGUUUUGGUGUACAUAUGAUCUGUUAGUUUACUGUUCUCAAGUGUGUUUAGAAAUUUGUAAUCAUUUGGAUAUUGAAUUGUUCCGAAUCCCUUACCCACCGAAACCAGCACAGGCGGUUACAAUAGCAUCACAAAAAUCGUCGAGUAGCAACAGUAAUACAAGCGGAUCACGUCUAAGUCAUGAUCAAAAUGGUGCAAAAGGUGGCAAUCGACUAGAUGAUGACCAAGUGCAACAGCCAAAACGUCAAACUCGAUCUAGCAAACGACAUGUUGUUUCACACUGAAAAGACAAAGCCCACACUGCUCUAAGCAAACACACACAUAUUUUUAUAGCAAAUUGAAGAAAAGUUAGGUGUUUCUUGACUUUAUAUGUUGACAAUGAUUUCUUUUAUUUGAUUUAUACCAUUGAAAAAAAAAACACAGAAUUUUACACCAAAAAUUCAAACUCUCAGCGACUGAAAUAACUUCGAUGGAAUGGAGAUAUACAUAUAUAUAUAUAUAUAUAUAUAUAUAUAUAAAUACACAAACACAUUGUAUUGCUUAAACUGAAUCUAUUUUUUUGGGCCUAGUUUCUAGUAUUACAUCAAUGAAAUCACGUCAUAUAAAAAAUUAUGUUCAAAUUGAAGUAAAUCAACGUUCUAAACACUCAUCCUAAGAACUAAUGGAUUGAUAUAAUUACGAACUACAGAAACCUGUAAUUUUAAACUACCAAAAUGUGCAUUGUACAUAACAUCGAAUGUAAAACUUAUUUAUUGAAGAAGAAGAAAAAAACAACUAACUCAUAUAAUCUGAGGAUGUUUGUGCAAAUCAAAUUUAAGCAGUAGAUUGUUCUUCGCUCAAACACAAAUAAAGCAGGAAAACAGACACACACUUAACACAAAAAGUCCAAUCAUUGAAAAUCACUGGAAAUUGUGGACGAUAUUAAAGUUUAUUAUCUAGGUCUAUUAAAUGGACACAUGUUCAAUGUCAAUGUUUAUUGAAAACAAUUUAAGUUUGAUAAGUAGCUUAUCGUUUGAAUUCAGCGUUUAUUUCAUUACAAAAUGUCUGGAUUAUUGAAUUUGAUUCAAAAGUCAUAAGCCGCAAAAUUUUAGUUACAUUCAUGAAAUAAAAUACUGAGAUGCAGGUGACUGGAAAUCAAAUUUUUCAAAAA